CAUGUCUCAGGUGUCAUUAGUACCAUCACCGUCACACAAACCCACUCAGCAACUUAAGACUCAUCAAACCUCCACCUCCUAACCUCACAGAUUCAUCAUCAACAUCUUGAGCAAUGCAGUCUCUCGAAUUGAAUCUCAUAGUCGCGGCCACGCGCAACAUGGGCAUUGGCCUCCAUGGAACAAUGCCCUGGCAAGGGCUACGCAAAGAAAUGAAGUACUUUGCGCGCGUCACAACUCGGGUGCCACCACAGGCCUCAUCGUCUAUCAACGCAGUCAUCAUGGGCCGCAAAACCUGGGACUCGAUCCCCACCAAAUUCCGGCCUCUGAAAGACCGUCUCAACAUUGUCAUUUCCCGCUCCGCACCCUCAAAGCUUCCCGAAAAAGUUGAGCCCUCUGAACCCGUGAGAGUCCAAUCUCUUGAACUUGCUCUUCAAUACGCCCGUGCUCAUAGCGACGUCGGUCGAAUUUUCGUCAUCGGUGGUGCGCAGAUCUAUGACGCCGCUCUCAGACUGCCAGAAGCGCGACGGAUCCUUCUCACGAGUAUUGAGCGUGAUUUUGACUGCGAUACUUUCUUUCCUGUUGACUUGAAGGAUGGAUCGUGGGAGAGAAAGUCUAGAGAGGAGUUGCAGGAGUGGACAGGUGAAGAGAUUGAAGAGGGUGGCCAGGAAGAAGCUGGUACAAAGUAUGAGUUUCAAAUGUGGGAGAAGCAUGAUUAGUUGACCAUACAGAGAUAAUCACAACAAAAGAACAUAUA